AUGGACGGCGGGCGGCGCGGCGUCGUGUUCCGGCACUGUGUCCACGCCUCCACCUGCUGCUGCCGCGGCAGCCGACUGACCGCCCAAGGGCUCGUCGCAGCCAGCGGCCUGGCCCACGCGCGCACGCCUCAGCUUGCGCCACCUCUACAGGCCAUCCGCCAGGCAACUCUCCCGCUAUACUAUCCGAUCAAAGAGGCUGCGACAGGAGGUCGCCAUGAGCGGCUAGCGGCGGGCGCCACACGGCAGAGGAUGCAGCGUCCGUGCAGGGCACAGCCGGGCAGCCGCCUGCGCGCGCGCGCCCAGUCGCUGCUCGAGGCCAACCCCAUCGCGCAGUACUUCGAGAUCGGCAAGCAGGUGGCCAGCGCCGGCCCCGAGCUCGUCUGGCGCAUCCACGACGGCUACCGCAAGAGCGACGGCAAGGAGGUGUCGGUGUUCGUGUUCGAGAAGCGGUGCGCGGAGAAGCUGCACAAGCCGAAGCGCAAGGAGAUGGUGACGGAGGUGCUGCGCGGCAGCGUGCGCCAGCUGGAGCGCUUCCGCCACCCCAAGCUGGUGCAGGUGGUCCACCCGGUGGAGGAGUGCGCCGACACGCUCGCCUUCGCCUGCGAGCCCGUGCUCGGCUCGCUCGCCAACCUGCUGGCCGCCAACGCCAGCGCUGGCGGCGGGGGCGGCGGGGGCGGCGCCUCCACGCCGGACGGCCAGGCGCCGCAGGCAGGCCGCGAGUACCGCUUCCUCGACAUCGAGUACAAGUACGGCAUCCUGCAGAUCACGGAGGCGCUGUCGUUCCUGCACUACUCGGGACACGUGCUGCACCGCAACGUCUGCCCCUCCAGCAUCCUCGUCACCAAGAAGGGCACCUGGAAGCUGGGCGGCCUCGAGUUCACCGAUCGUGUGAACGACAUGGACGGGCUGGAGUCGGUGCCGUGUCAGCCGUGGUCCAGCCGCCUGCCCAAGAUGGCGCAGCCGGACCUCGACUACAUUGCGCCCGAGGUGCAGACGACCUCGUCGUGCAGCAUCCUGAGCGACAUGUUCUCGCUGGGCAUGGUCAUCUGCUCCAUCUUCAACCAGGGCCGGCCGCUCAUACAGGCCAACCACAGCGCCUCCACCUAUCUCAAGCAGCUGGAAGUGCUGGAGGAGCAGGUGCACAACGUGCUGCCGCGGGUGCCGGUGCCGCUGCAGGAGGCGGUGGUGCGCCUGCUGAGCCGCGACACGCGCCAGCGGCCCACCGCCCAGCUGCUCUCCCUCAUCAAGUACUUCAGCGACCCCUCGGUGCACGCGCUGCAGUUCCUGGACGUGAUCAACAUGAAGGACCCCACCCAGAAGUCGCACUUCUACCGCAACACGCUCAAAGACGUGCUGCCCUACGUGCCCAGGAAACUGUGGUUCCAGCACGUGUGGCCGAGCCUGCAGCAGGAGAUGAAGACGCAGGAGGUGCUGGCCGCCGUGCUGCAGCCCAUCAUCUUCCUGGUCCAGGAGUGCACCAUCGAGGAGUACGAGUCCAUCAUCCUGCCCGCCUUCAGGAGCGUCUUCUCGAUCCCGAAGUCGAUCCAGGCGACGGUGACUCUGCUGGAGAACCUGCACGUCAUCCUGGAGAAGACGCCGAGGGACGACAUCCGCAGCGAGGUGCUGCCCAUGCUCUACAACGCCUUCGAGAGCACCACCAUACAAGUGCAGAGCGCGGCGCUGGUGGCGGUGACGAACGUGUCCGAGUACCUGGACGAGGCGGCGGUACGGCGGAUGGUGCUGCCAAAGACCAAGGCCGUCUACGAGAAGAACACGGCCGACCUCAAGCUCGUGAUGAACGUGCUGAGCUGCAUCGAGAAGACGCUGGACAAGCUGGACAAGUCGCAGAUCAUCGACGAGGUGCUGCCGCUGCUCUGGGACGUCCGCCUCGCCGACCCCGAGAUCACCAUCCGCGUCGUCAACAUCUACCGGCUGAUGCUGAGCGACAAGAAGUACGGCCUGUCGGUGAACCUGAUGGCGACCCGCGUGAUGCCGUCGCUGCUGCCGCAGACGGUCAACCCCAGCCUCAACCUCGACCAGUUCACCAACCUCCUCGAGGUACUGCAGGAGAUGCUCGACCAUAUCGACAGGAACCAGCGCAACAAACUGAAGUUGGACAACCUGACACUGCCGAGCCCAGAGCGCCACCGCCCACUGCGCCACCAGUACAGCUCAGAUAACAUGCACGUGCCACCCUUCAACAUCCCCAACCUGCGCAUCGAGCAGCGCAAGACCUCCAGUGCCGAGGACAUGGCACGCAAGAACUCAGCUGACUCAGGUGUGCUAGGUGGCUGGUGGUUUGGUGCAUCACCAUCGUCACCAGACAGCAACUUCCUGCGCGUACAUAACGCCUUCCCCAACCGGCGGCUGUCGGACAAUGCACUCAUGAUGCCACCCAAGAUACGCGUGGCACCUAGCUGCGCCUCAUCGCCUGGUGGCACGCCUGGCGGUGGCCUGCCUGUGCGCCGGCAUUCCAGCAUUGGCCCACAGGAGCGGCGUGGAUCUGCUGUCAACCUGUCGCCACCAACGGGCCUCCACUACAGUUCAGUGUCCAGGGAAGGUUCCAGUCUGUCUGUGCCAUCGACGUAUCUUGCACGGAGCAUGAUCGGGGGAAGCAUGCCAAACACAAGCAGCAGUGUUCCAUUCUUGCUGAGUUCCAGUAUGAGCAGCAUACGCUCACGGCGACCAUCUGCAUGCUUGUCCAGCUCUCAAGGAUCAGGACUACUGCAGCAGCUCGGAUCAGGCAUGUAUCAGCUAUUUUCUGGAAGAUCAUAGACAGAUCAGUGAUUAUGCGAAGACUAUGCAAACCAAAAUAUUUCUUGCAAUAAAGACACAGACCUCAAAAAACCUAGUGAUUUAACAUAUCUUUUUUUGAAAUGUGUGAUGUAUAACCAAACUUGAUGUGUGUGUAUUUAGUAAAUGAAGAUGGCUAAAGAAGACGAUAUUUAUAAUUGCAGUGGAAGGAUACAGAGCUGAAAAUUAUGCUUACAUUGGGCUACAGAUAAACAAAUAUUGGAAAAAAAUAUUUUUGAAUUUUUAUGUAGCAAGCUGAUAAUGUUCUUUUGAGUUCUGGCUGAAAUUAUUCUCUUGAAAUCUUUUUAUGGGCAAAUUUCUACAUUAAUUCAUAGCCCAUUAUUCUAUUAUCUGUAAUAUAUUUGAUUCAAUAUAUUUAACUGGAGGAUCACCUAUUUUCACAAAUAACCCAAACUAUUACAUGAUUAUAUGAAUAGUACAGUCAAUGACAAGUUCCAGUUUACCUGUACAUUUUUGGGAGGAAAAGAAAUCACACAUGGCACAAAUCAUUCACACGUUUCUUACAAGGUGAUGGUGAAGCAUUAAGGGAAAUUAAAUAGUGAUCUUGGUAGUAGACUUCACUCUUGUUGUCUGAUUAUACAGCUAUUAUAAUGAAUAGUCAUUUACAAUUUGUUAGGUAACAACUCUAUCUUCAAUAAAUGGGGAAAACCAGUCC